AUGGAAAGAGAUUCAUUGCAUGAUCAUGUAAUGGAUCUCUACAAAUCCCAUCACAAAAACACAAACCCUAAACCUAAUCACUACACAUCCAAAGGCCUUUUGAAAGCUCCACCUCUCUCUCUCCUCCACUCCGCCGCGUUCUCUCUCCCUCCUCCUCAGCAGCAGCCGCCCCUCCUCCCGCUUCCCCGCCGCUCCUCCUCCUUCCCCGCUAAAAACAAAAAGAAAUCGACAAAAUCUUCCACUUCCAAAAAAGAAUUGAAAGAAAUUACACCUCCAAAGAAUAUUGCAAGAGUUGGACGAUUUGAUAAUUCAGUGAGAGAUGUGGUGAAAGAUCGAGUGGAUAUGCUCUUGGGUUCCGUGAUGUUUUCUAUCUCUCCGCCGCCGCCUAGCAGCUUGCCGUUGCCCAGUUUUUGUUUGAGGAAAAAGCUAAGCUGCAAUGUGGCGGCGGCAGCUGGUGUGGAUGCCGGAGCCACUGAUGAUCUCCGCCGGCUUCUACGCCUAACCUAA